AUGAGCGACAUGAGCGGUAACGACGACAUGAGCAACAUGGGCGAGCCUCAGAGUGAGAUGGUGGGCGCCAAACCAAAGCUUGGCACCUGGGAGCAUCAAGUUGAUACUCCAUCUCGUAGAUACCCCGUUGUGUCAUUUGUGAAUGAAGUCCAUACCGCGUCAGCCCCAGCACCAGAACACUAUGAGCUUAUCGGGGCCAUUCGCAACAUCUGGACUAAUCCAGGACGUUCAGAUUUAACUUUUUGGAAGAUACCACUGUCUGGUGAUGUUCGGCCUCGUGUUGAGAACACUAGGUUGGGUAAGGUGGCUGUUGAAGGAGGGAUCAUGACCAUACCUGAAUUAAUAGCACAGUUGCAGUUUCUGAUGCCUGAUGAUCAGUACCAAUGGGAUGUUCAGCAAAUGGAAGAUAAUGUAUUCAGGGUCAAUUUUCCAAGUAGAAGUGACUUGGUUAAGGCUCAGCAUUUUGGCAAAUUUUGUGUACCGAAAUCACAAAUUACUUUGUCCUUUGAUUUUUGGAGAAAAGAUGUAGAACCUGUUUGGACGGCAGAAGAGGUGUGGGUCAGAGUGCAUGGUUUUCCUCCUUUUGCUCUUGAUGAGAUUGUAGCUUUAUGGGCUUUUGGUGAUAUUUUUGGUGAGACUACAGAUAUUGAUAUACCUUACACAAGGGCAAAUAAUGUUUUGCGAAUCUGCAUAAGUUGUUUGGAUCCUGCUCUUAUUCCCACUAGCCUUGAUGUCAAGAUUCGUAAUGAUUUCUUCCGACUCAGUUUUGAAGUGGAGGGCUUAAGGGCUCCAACAACAGUUGACGAUGGUGUGUCUGAAGAUAUGCAUAAGGAUGAUGACAUGGACCAUGAUGGCCCUACUAAGAACUCUGGUGAUGAUAUCGACAGAGAAGUCAAGAGGAAGAAGAAUGAGGAGGAAAGCAAAGAUUCUGAUUAUGAACCAUCUCAUCCGGAUCCCUCUGCUGGUACAUCUAUUGCUGUUUCUCCAAUUAAAGGGGCUCAAAAUAAUGAGAAUUUGAUUGUGCAUGCUACACCUAGGUAUGAUAAUGCUUUUACAUCUUCAGUUUGUGAUUUGGUUGAUUCGAAUCCUAAAUGGCUUGAACCGUUUUUUAGUACUGCGGCGGACCUGGACUUGUGUGAUGGGAAUGGUGACUCCUUGUACCCGGCUGAGACCAGUGUUGAUGAACUGGAGGCUAAUCUUAUGUAUGAUGAACAAGGCAGCCGCAGGAUUAAUCUUGUUGAUCAGAGGGUGGUGGAGGCCGCUGUGUUGUAUGGAGCUGCACAGGAUUCUCUUAAACAUGCUUUCUUGUCUGAGUUGGUGCGGAUAUGUGAGGCCGAGACUCUGCCUUUACUUCUUGCUGGUGAUUUCAAUAUACUUCGAAAACCCGAGGAUAAAAGUAAUGAUAAUUAUAAUCCUCGAUGGCCCUUCAUUUUUAAUGCCAUUAUUGAAAGUUUAAAUUUGAAAGAAAUUGCUCUCUCGGGCCGUCAAUAUACGUGGGCUAGUCGUCGAGUGACCCCUACUUAUGAAAAGCUGGAUCGUGUGCUUGCUAGUGUGGAGUGGGAACAAAAAUUUCCAUUGGUGUCGGUUAGGGCGUUAUCUCGGUCGGGGUCUGAUCACACACCUCUUCUUAUUGAUUCUGAUUUCCUGGAUAUUAAAGCGGAAACUUGUCCGCUAUCUAAUGUUGAAAGGGAUGAGUUGAAAUUGGCUAAUGAUAAGUUGAACAAACUUAGAAGGGCGGAGGAAACAAAAUGGGCACAACGAGCCAAGGUUAAGUAUGUAGAGGAAGGGGGUGAUAAUACAAAAUAUUUUCACUUAAUUGCUAAUGGGAAGCAUAGGAAGAAGAAGAUUUUUCAAUUAGAACAGGACGAGGGUACAAUUGUUGGGGAUGAUAACCUAAAAACUUACAUUACUGAAUAUUACAAAAAACUUUUUGGUGAGCCGCAACACAAUUCCAUACUAAUGGUGGAGGAUAGAGUUGAUGAUAUUCCUCAAGUUUCUGCGGCUGAAAAUGAACUUCUGAUCAAAGAUUACUCUCUCGAGGAAGUUUAUGAGGCGAUCUCACAGAUGAAACAUAAUAAAGCGCCGGGGCCUGAUGGGUUUCCGGCGGAGUUUUAUCAAACCUUUUGGGAAGUAAUAAAAUUGGAUUUAAUGGCGCUUUUUAUGUCCUUCCAGAGAGGAGAGUUACCGUUACAUAGGCUUAAUUUUGGGGUUAUUACUCUGCUUCCAAAAAAAGAUAAUGCGACACAAAUACAACAGUACCGUCCUAUUUGUUUACUUAAUGUGAUUUUUAAGAUCUUUACUAAAGUGGCUACUAUCCGUAUUUCGGAGGUUGCUCAUAAUGUGAUCAAACCUACUCAGACUGCAUUCAUGCCGGGCAGACAUAUUUUGGAGGGAGUGGUUGUGCUUCAUGAGUCCAUUCAUGAACUGCAUAGGAAAAAAUUAGAUGGUGUGCUCUUCAAAAUUGAUUUUGAGAAGGCAUAUGAUAAAGUUAAAUGGCCAUUUUUACAACAAGUCUUGCGUAUGAAAGGGUUUGAUGAAAUCUGGUGUGAUCGAAUUAGACAAUAUGUGCAAGGUGGAAGUGUGGGGAUUAGGGUGAAUGAUGAUAUCGGACAUAAUUUCCAAACUAGGAAAGGUUUGAGACAGGGUGAUCCUUUAUCUCCAAUUCUUUUUAACAUUGUGGCGGAUAUGCUAGCUAUUAUUAUUGCAAGGGCUAAGGAAGCGGGUCAGAUUGGGGGUCUUUUACCUCAUUUAGUCGAGGGGGGAAUUUCUAUCCUACAAUAUGCUGAUGACACAAUUUUAUUCAUGGAACAUGAUAUUGUCAAAGCACUAAAUAUGAAAUUAAUUCUAUGUAUUUUUGAGCAGCUCUCUGGUCUGAAAAUUAAUUUUCAUAAAAGUGAGAUAUUCUGUUUUGGUAAAGCAAAGGAUAUUGAACAACAAUAUAUGCAGAUUUUUGGUUGUGAAGCGGGCGCUUUACCUUUUAAAUAUUUGGGUAUACCUAUUCAUCAUCGAAUUUUGAGGAAUGCUGAAUGGAAUCCGGUUGAAAGUCGUUUUGCUUCAAAAUUAGGAUGCUGGCGUAGUAAAAUGCUUUCUUAUGGGGAUAGGUUAGUUCUCAUCAAUUCGGUCUUAACAAGUCUAUCAAUGUUUAUGUUAUCCUUCAUGGAGAUUCCGGUGGGGGUUCGAAAAAGACUAGAUUUUUAUAGAUCUAAUUUCUUCUGGCAAUCUGAUGAGAAAAAGAAAAGAUAUAGACUAUCUAAAUGGAAUAUAAUAUGUAGACCGAAGGAUCAGGGAGGUUUGGGUAUCGAAGUUCUGGAAUUAAAGAACAAAUGCUUACUGAGUAAAUGGCUUUACAAACUUUUAACUGAAGAGGGUAUGUGGCAACAAAUUUUGCACAACAAGUAUUUACAUUCUAAAACUCUACCGCAAGUUGAGGCGAAACCAACGGAUUCGCCUUUUUGGAAAGGUCUUAUGAAAGUUAAAUCUGAUUUUUUCAGUAGAGGAUUUUUCAAUGUUGGUGAUGGUAGUUCGGUGCGCUUUUGGGAGGAUGUCAUUCUUCGAGCUGUGCAUUGGAUACAGUUAUGGGCUUUCCUGCUACCGGAGGAGCAGCGCAAGGAUAUGGAUACUGAGAUCAGCGACAUGCAUGUAAACAAGCGCUAUUUUAAGAUAAUGCUAAAGAAAUUGUGCAGCGCAGUUCCUGCAGUAUAUGGUGACUCGCAGCAACCCACCAUCUACAUGGUCCCCCAGGAACUUUAUAACUCUGGUUAUGACGCCAGGGGGAAUAUGAGCCAGUUGCUGUUUGUCUAG